AUGUGUCUGCAAAGUGUAUAAUUUGUGGAGAAGGCGAUAAGACUGUUCGCCAUAUUGUAUCGGAAUGCAAGAAACUUGCUCAAAAGCAAUCUUGAGGUUGGAGGCACGACAAGGUGGCGCAUUGGGAACAAUGCUGGAAAGCUGGAUUUUGACAGGGAUGAAAAAUAUUACAAUCAUGAGCCACAACCAGUGUAUGAAUCUACUAAACAACAAGCUGCUGUCAGACUUCAAAAUACAGACUGACAACAAGAUUGAACACAACAAGCCUGAUGUUGUGGUAGUGGAUAAGACAGAACGCAAUUUCCUGAUCAUUGAUGUUGCUUGUCCAUUUGAUAUCCGAGUGAAAGACAAAGAAAAAGAGGAAAUUGAGAACUAUCAAGACUUAACGCGGGAGUUAAAACGGAUCUGGAAAUUGCGCAGAAUAACUGUGGUACCAUUCAUAAUUGGUGCAUUAGGAACUGUCUCGAAAGACAUAGAAAAGUGGUUAGCAGAGAUUGGUGUCACAUGUCGUUUGGAAUAA